UUGAAAAUCAGAUUAUGGCAACGGGAGGAGUGAAGAAAUUCAACGAACUCUUUCUUUAUCCGAAAGGACGCAAAACUUUUAUGCAAAAAACGUUGGACACACUGUUUGAUAGAAGCGAAGGAAAAAAGUUUGCAAACUCGAGUUCAGCGAGGAUUUCGGUAAGGCAACCUCGCGCUUUGGAGCAAUCUUCUGAUCAAGAUUGGAUGAGUGUCUGGCCUGCUGCACAAAGUUUCCGCUCCUCGGUUGUGCCUCUUCCAAUACGGAUGGGUUACCUUACCAAUAAAGAGGCUAAGGUGAAACUUUCACGUGCAGCUUAUGCAAAUUUGGAGCUAAUGAAAGUACCAAACUUUUUACAUUUGACACCGCAUCAUAUACAAAAGCAUUGUAAUGCUAUCAAAAUUAAGCGCAAAUUUUGUACCAAGUUUCCUGACGAGUUAAAAGACGUUGAAUGUCAACAAAAAUACUUUCCGUUAGAAUUUCGCUACAGCGAUUACAUCCACCAAGGAACAAACAUUCGAGAUAUGCGCGCACGUCAAGUCACGAUGGGCAUUCGGCUUGAUGUUCUUGAGUUGGACAAACCUGCACAUCUAAAAUUCCGACAACUCGUUGGUGAUCGAUACAAUAAAGAUACUGAUGUAUUUAUUGUUGUUUCUGAUCGUUGCCCAUCUCGCAAACAAAACCGAGAAUAUUCUGAAUAUCUUCUCACUGUUCUUUAUUAUGAAUCGAACAAUGCAGAACCUUGUGAACCAAUUAAAGAAGAUUCUCCAAACAUUUUAUCUGAUCUACUUGAGGUUAUGCAGCGUCGUCAAUUACCAUAUUUGGAUGUUCGAAGUGAUUUUUUGGUUUAUGUUACCAAUGUUCCAUCAUCUCUUACAGGCAAAGAACUUAAAAGUCGUAUCAACGCUCAGUAUGGAAUGGUUAAAUUUAUUGAAACGUUCGAAGCAUGGGCUCGCAGACGAAUUGGUUGUAUUGUUAUUGAAUUUACUACUUUUGAUGGAAGUGAUGCAUUUAUGCGUGCUGCAAUUGAGCGCCGGAUUCCAUAUCUGGGUGAUGUUGGUGUGCAGCAUGUUGGGAUUGUUGGCCGUCGACAUUUCUUUGAAUUAAUCCACCGAGAUACUGACAUUGAUCUUCUUGACUGCAAUGGACAGCCUUUUGAUACGAACUGGGCGCGCGGGAAGUGCGAACGAGCUUUACGUUCAAAGCCAUAUAAUAAGCCAUUUAAUCGGGGUCCGAAACCGACUGAUGCAAACAUUGGAACAAAGAUUGGGGGAGGACAGGGUGUUGGUACUGAACAACCACGUGUAAAUCGUCACAACAGCCCAUCUAGUGAUGAAAGUGUUGGUCCAUUUCCAAGUAGCAGUGGAGCAUUACGCAAAUUGAUUAAAUUCUCAAUUUGGCAAUCAAAAACAACAGGAAGAACUCAUAUCCUCACUUUUGAUUCGCCGGACAAGAAAAUUAGUAAAAUUACUCCACGUGUAAAAACCGCUGGCAUUAUUUCAACAAAACGUUUUUUAAUUAAUGGAAAUAAAAUUGGUGGGGUGGACAAAAAGAAAUUCGACCAAAACCAAAUUAUCUCUGAGCGUCUAGACCGACUUCGUGCAAAAUAUGAUAAGGAAGCUUCUAACAAAAUUGUUGGCGAGCCUGGUGGUUGCUUUAUUCCUCUUGCUUCUAAAAGACGAAAUUCUGUUGUUCGCCCGAAAAAACCAUCUGCUGCUGUUUUGCCUAUGAAAAUGGGAUUUGAGGACUUGGAGGAUGGGGAGAUCCCAGAUGAAGAGAAUUGUAUGGAAGACGGUGAACUUGGUGAAGAGCCGAUGGAUUUAUGCAGUGAUCAAGAUGAUGAUAAGAAGAUAUUGAUCAAACAAAAAGUCAAAGUUCGACCAAUCAAAAGCCAUCCAAAAAUAAUAAUGACCAAAUCUUCAGUCAAAUCAACUACAAAUAAGGAUAUUACUAAAAUUAACAAAGUGUCGAAACAAUCUAAUGAAGAAAAGAAACCCAAAACUGAAGAUAAAUCACCAUUAAAACAACAAAAGAAUUCGAAUGAUUCGGGCAAUUACAGUUGGGAGGAUGAUUGUUUAGACUUUGAUUUUCCGUUUGAAUUGGUGGAGGGGGAUUGCAGUCCUCCUCCUAAAAAGUCUACUGAUGUUACUAGCAAUCCUGCUUCGAUGGAUCUUGUAUCAAAUAAAAGCGAAAAUAAACCAAAAGAGAACAACAAUUCAAGUGAUGAUGGUGCUAUUGACGAUGAUGAUGAUAUUUUGGAAGGAGAAUCAAUUGCGAGUGACAUUGAUGAGCGAUGUUUGGACGAUAAUUAUGGUGCAGAUCGUUCUCCAAGUGCUGGAUGUGGCAAAACUCAAAUAAAAUCAGCAUCCAUCAACGAGCCAUCAAGCAAAUUUGCAAAAAUUGGUGGAAUUUCUGAUGGAGAAGGGACAACCACAAAAAUUGACAAUAUCCAACAACGAUGUUCAGCAACAACCACAGGCCUUGAACAUUCAAUUCUCCGAAUGUCAAUUGGACGGAAAGAAGAAACGUCGAGAUGUUUGAAUUAA